UAAGGUGGAGUUGGUUCUCUUGAUUCUAGAAUCAAUCAAUCAAAGCCAUUUUUCCUCCUUUAAUUGGGCUCUAGUGCUUGGAAAUCACAAGUGCCGGACCCUUAUAUAAACGCGCAGGCAGAGACAACCUUAAACCCGUCCAAGCACACGCCAUGGAAGACAACACGGAACCUUUAACAGGAGGGAAUAUAAAAUUCACGAGAAGUGCCUCCCACGCCUACGAUGAAUUGAAGAGCUUCAGAUCCUACCUUCGAUGGAUGUGCUUGGACCAAUCCAACAAAUGGUCGAUUUGCCUGUCUUGGUUCAUUUUCAUUCUUUUUACCCUUGUCGUCCCUGUAAUUUCCCAUUUCGUUCUUGCCUGUGCCACCUGCGAUAGCAAUCACUCGAGGCCUUAUGAUAGGGUCGUGCAAUUGUCCUUGAGUAGCUUCGCCACUUUGUCUUUCGUUUGUUUGUCGAAAUUUGUUAGGAAGUAUGGGCUGAGGAGGUUCUUGUUCUUCGACAAGCUCUGCGAUGAGAGCGAGACGGUGAGAAAAGGGUACACGAAACAGCUCAAUAGGUCAUUGAAAAUUCUGUCGAUCUUCGUUGUCCCAUGUUUCAUAGCAGAAUGUGCAUACAAGAUAUGGUGGUAUGCCUCUGGUGCCUCUCAGAUCCCAUUCCUGGGCAAUAUCAUCCUAAGCGACACCGUUGCUUGCAUAAUGGAGCUCUGCUCUUGGCUUUACCGUACCACUGUAAUAUUCUUAGUGUGCGUCCUCUUCCAUCUCUUAUGCCACCUCCAGAUCCUACGCCUUCAGGACUUCGCCCAGGUUUUCCAAGUUGACUCUGAUGUGGAAUCUGUGUUAUCGGAGCACCUUAGAAUCAGGAGGCAUUUGAGGAUCAUCAGCCAUAGAUAUCGAGCGUUCGUUUUGUGCGCCCUCAUUUUGGUCACGGGUAGCCAGUUUGCUUCCUUGCUCAUUACCACCAAAUCUGGUGCUACUGUUGAUAUUUACAGAGCUGGGGAACUCGCGCUAUGCUCUAUAACCCUUGUCACUGGAAUCCUGAUAAUAUUACGGAGUGCUACAAAAAUCACACACAAGGCUCAAGCUGUUACUUGCUUGGCUUCCAAGUGGCAUAUUUGUGCUACACUAGACUCAUUUUAUGCAACGGACGGUGAGACCCCCACGACUCCAUUGACGAUCCGCCCCACUAUCGAUGCAGGAUCAGAAGAUGAUGAUGCCGACGACGAAGAAGAUGAGUUAGAUAACACUAAGUGGAUUCCUGCAUAUGCACACAGUACCAUCUCGUUCCAGAAGAGACAAGCUCUAGUGACAUAUUUUGAGAACAAUAGAGCUGGGAUUACAGUAUACGGCUUCACGCUGGAUCGGAGUACACUGCACUCCAUUUUUGGCGUAGAGUUAGCUCUAGUCCUAUGGUUGCUGGGGAAGACAGUUGGCAUUUCUUGAGCAAUUGGGUUGAAGACGAAGGUUUAAUUAUCCGGCGAUCCUCCAUUCAUUUGGAAGGAACAUUUGGCUUUUGAGAUGGAGUGCGAGAGAGAUUGUAUCAUUGCAUAUGAGUUUCUGUUAUUCUCAUGGUGUGUUGUAUUUAAAAGCUUAUAGAGCAGGAGAUUACGAUAUUUAUGAUAUUUAAAAUGGAAUAAAUUAAUUUAAAUGACACCAAAA